UUUUUACGUUUCCAUACAUAAUUUUACUCAUUGAUUUAUUUAUAUAUUUUAUAUCUGUAUAUGUGCACUGGUGCACCAUACUUUUAUUCUAUAUCUUGUUCGUUUGUUUUCGUGCUAUUUAGAAAUUAGAAGAUGGCAGGUCCGCAGAAGUCAGUGCUGUUUGUCUGCUUGGGGAAUAUCUGUAGAUCUCCAAUAGCUGAAGCUGUUUUCCGAGACGAAGUAAUGUUCAAAGGAUUGGAAGACCAGUGGGUGGUGGACAGUGCUGGGACAUCUGACUGGAAUAUUGGGAGUUCUCCUGAUUCCAGAGGUAUAGAUUGCUUACAUCGUUAUGGCAAGUCUUCUAACCACAUAGCCAGGCAGUGGCUAAUAGACAGCUGUGGUAUUGGACAUUGGCAUAUUGGUGAGAAACCAGACAAGAGAGCAAGAGAGUGUUUAAAACAACACAAACUUGAGACUCACCAUCGUGGUAGACAGCUGGAGAAUGCAGACUUCAGCAAAUUCCAAUACAUCCUAGGAAUGGACGAAAAUAAUAUAAAAGAAAUAAAGAAAAAAAUGCCCAAGGACAGCACAGCAACAGUGAAACUUUUAGGGGAAUAUGACCCAGAAAAACAGCUGAUUAUAGUGGACCCAUACUAUGGAGGGGAAGAUGGCUUUGAGAGAGUAUAUCAGCAGGUGUUGAGAUGUUGUAAAGCUUUUCUAGAAGAGGCCAUGGCAGCCUAGAAGAGUGAUACACAUGAUGGCUUUGAGAGAGUAUACUAGCAGGGUCCUAGAUGCCGUAAAGCUCUUCUGAAAAAGGCAUAUGGCA